AUGCUUUUCGGUCGCAUGUCAGACGUGAAAUUAUCAUGUCCAUGCUGCAUGGUGCAUUUUUGUGUCGCUACCACCGCGGAAAAGCCCCGUCGAAGCCACCCCACCUGGUCCGGAUCGGGCGCGGCCUUUCCCCUGGGUUCUAUAAAGCCCGGAGUUGUCUACUUCCACCGAACAUUCUCUCGUCGCCUCGUCACCCAUUUGUUCAUCAUGUGGCUACUUAUCCUCGCAGGUCUCCUGGCCACAGCAGCCUGUAAAGAAGCAUCAGUGCCCCCCUCGUCCACGAAGGAGUCGAAGGAUGACGUGGUCCUCCUCGAAAUCGACGUGAAAGACCCGUCAAAACGCUCGCCAGUCUCUGCCACCGGUGUCUACGGUGCUUCUCCGAGUCAGUUCAUAAUUCGUCAUGGCGAUGAUGCUCGAGAGCUGUCCCCGGAGUACCUGGCCCUCGUCGAGCAGUACACGUCCUCCCAGCAGCAGCCGUACCAGUCCCCUCGGGCAGGACCUCCGCCACGCAGGCUACCAGCGUACGCGAGGCAGCAGCAGAACCUGCAACAGGCCUACCAGAAUCAGCGAGUGCCAGCUGUCGCCCCUCCCCGCCCUCGUUUGACCCUCCACCCGCAAGCGGAAGCGCAGGCGGACGCCCAAGCGGAGUAUCAAGCACAACUGGACGCCCACAACCGCGCCGAGGCGAGCGCCCUCCUCCGCGCAAGCGGAACUUCCCACGCGGAGUACCAAGUGCCGGCCGGCUACAACGAGCCCAAGCUCGGAACCUUCGAGCAAGAGCUCCUCCAAUUAGUCUCCGCCAACCAAGCGCAGGAGUUCAAACUCCAACAGGCGCAGCCGAAGAGACUCCCCAAGCCUCAGGGCUACCCCCAGUACUCGCAACAGCUUUUGGCCUAUUCUCCGGAGUAUGAGCAGGUGAAGCCGACGGCCGAGCCAGCCCAGGAAUCGCCGAAUCACCAGCAGUAUCACAUCGAGACCACCCAACCGAGGUACCAAGGCCCCCAGCACGUUCCGGUCGGUUACCGGCCGUUGGAGGAGGCCCAGUACCAGCAGCCGGUGCAGCAAGCCUACAUCGAGCCGAGGAAGCCUUACAGACCGGCUCCCCAAUACGCCGGCCCUGUAUCCCACCAGGUUGACGCGGCGAUGCAAGCGCAAGCGCAAGCCCGAGCGGAAGCCGAGGCCCUGGCCUACCAGAAGAUCAGUCAGGCAUCUCACCAGAGACACCAGCAGGCGGCCUUCGAGCAGAUCCGCAUCGUCGAGGAUCGCUACAAACAGCAGAGCGCGUUGGAGCAAAUCAACCAGGGCCAAGUCAGCGAAGCAGGAAGAGAGCACAUCGAGGAGCAGCUGCAUCCGAAGGACCCCGAGGCCGCCUACAGAGCGAAAUUGAAGGCCCAGGCUGCGGCCGAAGCGGCCGAAGCCAGACGAGCCCAGGAGGCCGCUGAGUACAAGGCGCACGGUGACGCGAUCAUAGCUCUCCAACGACAACAAGCGGCGCAUCUCAAAGCCCAGGAGGACGCCCAUCUCUACGCCCUGAACUUCGAGAAGAAUCAAGCCAAAGCGCAGGAACACGCGCAAGCGCUCGCAAAUGCGCAGGCCCUGGCUCUCUGGAAGGCUCAUCAGGCUGCCCGCUCAAAGGCUCAGAAGGAAGCGCAGCUGGCGGCUCGCGCUCAAGACGAGGCUCGAAAACGCGACCCUGAGCACACCCCGGUUAUCCAGUAUUUAUUACCCACUCCCAACAGCACUCCUCUCCCCCCGAACAGCUAUCUGACGAGCGAUCAGGUGCACAAGUACCAGGCGUCAGGCUCUUCCUACGUUCCCCGUUCGGCUGUGAAACCUGAGGAUGUCAACCAGCCGCGUCAGGCUCACAAGCACAAGAUUCCCAGCAACUCUCAGAUCUACGUCUCGCAGUCAGGCCUCCGCAAGAAAGCCCCCGUCAAGUCGCUCACCAUCGAGGAGAUCAUCGAGCAGGAUCAGGAGAGGAACUCCCAGAUCAUCAGGAUUCCUGCUGCCAAGGGCCAGCCCCUCACUCAAGCCGAUCUCGACGCCUUGAUCCACGCUGGGUACACCGUCACACCCGUUCCUGAGGUCACCAGACCGACUCAGCAGCCCAGCUAUGCCCUGGAGAACACCACUGGCUACUACGUGAAGAAGCAAUCCGCCAGGCCUGAUGCAUACGCCAACUACGACGAUGUUCCUCGACACCAGCGGAGACCUGUCAGACGACAGCGGCCCAUCCUCAAGCAGGAGAGCGAGGGCAGCGAUAAGGUCACCUAUCUCGUGCCCCUUGAUGCCGCCUACGGAAACCGAAGACCACAAGAGUAAUCCAAUCAAUGGUGAUGAUUGAACAUUUUGGUCACUCGUGGAUGACAAUCGGCGCUGAUAAAAGGGGAAUCGACUUCUGUCGGGUUAAUUCAUCUGGUGGGAGACGAUGGAGAUAGGAAAAUUGUGGUGAAAACGUCCGACAGGACGAUUACCGGCUCCUCAGUGAGGCUCAUCCACUCGAGUUUAACGUCAUUCUUAAUUUUAUUUAUGCCUAGCUCCAAGUUGAUUUUUUUGCGUUAUCCUGUACUCGUUACGGCCCAAUCGGAUUAUCUGCAUACUACUAUCAUUUCACAGUCGUUUGUCCAUUUUUUUUUACUACUAUUCUUGACUCUUGAUUUAUUAUUAUGCAAUUGAUUUCGAUGAGCAUCAGUGGUGUUUAUUGUUCGAUUUUUUUUAUACGAGCACAUUUUGUUUUAGUUUUUUUAAUCGUGUAAGCGAGAAUUAAAUUGAAAGUUUUCAUGCGAUGAUUUGUAAAAAUUGAAAGCCAUAAA